AUGACUGAUGAUAUGAUACGUGAUCGUCUAGUGUUAGGGACCAAAGACACAUCAUCAAGAGGCAGAAUGUUAAGAGAAGCCGACUUAACACUGGACAAAGCUAUAACAAUGUGUUUGACAAGCGAAAGAACACAGCUACAGAAAUUACAACACGACACCAGUCAUACUGCAAAUUCAGAACAAGCAGAAGUGAAAUACGUCAGUUCAAAAGGAGACAAAGCGUAUAAACCCAGAGGAAAACAUCCAUUCAAAGGUCAAGGGAAGAAACAGCAGAAGACUGUACAGCCAAAGAACAGUGUAAUGGUUAUUAAGUGCAAGUACUGUGGAGGCACACAUCCACGAGACAGAGACAAAUGCCCAGCUUUCGGACAUACAUGCUGGAAAUGUAAGAAGAAGAAUCACUUUCCAAAGGUUUGUAAACAGACUACUGGGAACAGCAUCCAAGAUGAAGACACAAGUGACUCGGCCUCUGAUUCUCUAUAUGCUGUGAAUUCUUCGUCUGGAAAACAGUGGUUCGUAAAAAUCCACAUGUGUGCUAGUGGAAACAGUUCUAAUGUUACCUCUCAAUUGGAUAGUGGGUCUACCUGCAAGGUAAUAAACUUUAGGCAGUACGCUCAAAUCAUGCAAACAGGCGACCCCCCACUGAAACCUACCGAAAAGACACUAAAGCUCAACGGAGGGAUGUCGAAACUCAUUCCUCUUGGCAUUGCAACCUUGAAAUUCCAGGUGAUUCAGUCUGGAAAAACAGAAAAAGUUGACUUUUAUGUUGUCGAGAUUGAACAGACACCUAUCCUCUCAGCAGAAGCUUGUGAAAAACUAGGAUUACUGACUGUCAAUGCAGUUCACAAGCUGACAACUACAUCAUCACAAUUUAAGCCAAUGUCCAAGGAACAAAUUCUUGAUGAGUUCAAGGGUGUAUUUGAGGGACUCGGUUUCUUGCAGGUGAAGCUGGACAAGGAAUCCAGUCUACUCACCACAUUCUGGACUCCAUGUAGAAGAUACACGUUUACCAUAUGGAUUCUCAUCAGACCAGAGGAGUUCCAACGAAAGCAGCAUGAAGUUUUAGAGGGCCUUCAACAUACAGAGGUCAUUAUGGAUGAUAUCUUGGUCUAUGGAUCUGGUGAGACUAUGGAAGAUGCAAUUAGGGAUCAUGAUUUUCACCUACAAGCGCUUCUUCAAAGAGCACGUGAAGUAGGUCUGAAACUCCAUAAGGAGAAGUUAAAGCUGCGACUCACUUCUGUGAAGUAA